CAAAAAUCGUGCGACACUGAAAACUGCCCACAACACCACAAACUGCAACAAACCCACACGACGAUGUCUUCUCCCUCUUCUCCUCCUUCUUCCUCCGCCAAUGUGUGGCGGCCGCACGUGUUUGUUGACGGGUCGUGCAAGCUUGUGUCGUGCGGCGAUGAGGUGUAUGUGCAGAGCGGGCGGCGCGUGGUGGCGAGGCGGGACCUGGAGCCGGGCACGACCGUGAUUCUGCAGCGCGGCGUGGCCGUUCCGACGCCCUACCUGCCAGACCCGCUCACCGCCCUCCUGCACGGCGAUGAUGAUGAUGGUGAUGCUGAUGAUGAUGGUGAUGACGACCACGGGGAUGCGCGCGAGAGCCUCGCGUGGGCGGCGUCGAUGCAGAUGUGCUGCCCCAUCUGUUUUGCGGCGCGCGGGGAGCCGCAUGCUGGCGGGGAGAAGGGCUCGCGCACGUGUGCGACGCUUGCCGCGCUGCUGGCGCCCGUGGAGGGCGUGCUGUACCCGCGCGUGCAGGAGAACAAGGGCAAGCUGAAGGUGGACGACACGCUGCUCCGGCUGUGGCUGCGGGUGAUUGCGGUCCUGUGCAUUGACCGCCAGCCGCAGGACGCCGAGGCGACGGCGUUCAUCGGGGACUGGCACGAGGCCCUGCGCCAGUGCAGCCAGCUGGACACGUCUGCGCCGGACGGCGAGUGGAUCCUGGACGUGUUCAGCGCCGCCAACGCCUUUGUGGAGCUGCUGGACCCGGAGCACGUGCAGGCGCUGGAGGCGAAGCUGUGCCCCGCCAUUGCCAUCUCCCAAACGGCAGAGCGGGCCACCAGCGAUGGCGCCACCGGUGGCACCAACGAUAAUAGCGACGGCGACGGCGAUGGCUCUGCUGCGGCGACCGUGUCGGCGGCAGAGGCGCUGGUGGUCAUUGCUGGGCAGAUGAACUGCAACGGGUACCCGCUUCGGCUGUCGACUGCGCCCAACACGCUCGUGGGCAUGGGCAUCUUCCCUGCUGUGGCCAUGGCCAACCACUCGUGCUCGCCCAACUGCGCGGUGGUGACGCGGCCUGGCGGGCGCCUGGCCGUCGUCACCCUGCAGCGCAUCCGCAAGCACCAGGAGCUGACCGUCUCGUACGUGGACCUGCUUCGCCCGCGCGCGCACCGCCGCCAGUACCUGCUGGCCUCGAAGAACUUCCACUGCCGCUGCCUGCGUUGCCAGCACCCGGACGCGUUCACGUGGGACCGUGCGCUGACGCUGCCGCUGUGCAGCAGGUGCGGCUGUCUCCCGCGCUGGUCGCUGCCCUGGCGCAAGGGCGAGCCCGUCAUCGUCGAGGAUGGUGAUGGUGGUGGCGACGAUGGAGGUCAGGACAACAGCAGUAGCAAGGACAACGACAGCAGCAGCAAAGGCGACGCAACAACAACGACCUCCUCACCCGGCACCACAACAGCAACCACCCCCUCUUCCAACACCACGACCACGACCACCACCACCACCACGACCGCAUCACGGCAGCGGACGGCGAGCGUGAGCGGCGGCCGGAGCGGAGAGGACGAUGCAAGCGAGUACGAGUCGUGGACAAAGGACGGGCACGUGCUGGUGUGCUGGACGGAGGACGGUGGUUGCGGGCACAUGCUGCCGCCCUGGCUGCCAUCGGAUGUGCUGCCGCCACUACACGCCGCUAUUGACCAGUGUCAGGCUGCGCUGGCGAGGCUCACGCGCGCGCAGGUGCUCCGCGCCCAGAAGCAGAAGCAGAGGGAGAAGGAAGCAGAGGCGAAGCGAGAGAAGGCCAGGGCGGAGGAAGAAGCACGUGCCAAGGCCGCACAACAGCAGGAGGCGUUGGACGAUAGCGGCACGCCACGUGUGGUGGAUGUGACCGAGGAGAUGGAGAAGCAAGAAGCAGCCAAGAAGAAGCAGCAGCAGCAGCAGCAACAACAACAACAACAACAACAGAAGGCAGCACGUAACCAGGAAGGCACUGCCAGCAAGAGCGCCGGCAAUACAAACAGGCCCAGCACCGACAACGCCGGCAGCGCUGAGAACACCAAGCAUGACAGCAGCGGUGGUGAUGAGGAUGACAGUGCAGAUGUGACCCGGAUGUGUGAAGAGGCAAUUGCGAAUGCACAGCACGUGCUGAAGACGAGCGUUGAUGUGACCGUGUCCUGCUUCCACCACUCUGUGAUCCAGCUGCAGUGCGUGUUGUUUGCGCUGCUCAUCCGCACGUCCCCACGGGCCAACAUGCCUGCAAGCAUUGCUGUGCUCCACGAGGCCGUGCACGCGAUGGGGCGCCACCUGCCCUCGCUCUGGCCCGAGCUGAACGAGUGGCGCAUUCGUCUGCUCGAGGCAAACCAGGUGCUUGCACGCACGAGGAAGGACCACGGAGCCAAGAACGCCGGCAGCAGCAGUAACAGGAAGGACAGCGGGAAGGACAGGAAGAAGACGAAGAAGAAGGCAGGCAAAGAUGAAGGUGAAGCGGGCCUGAGUUCCAAGCAGCGCACGAACCUUCGCCAGGACGUGCUCGCUGCUGUGCGAACCGUUUGCGGCGAGGACCACCCGCUCUACACACGCGCCAGCACCGCGUGCGCCAACGUGUAG